AUGGAGUGGUUCCGCCCCCGUGCUGGAGCUGAGAACGGCAGCCUUUGGUUCAUCACUUCUGCAGCAGUGGUAGGACUGGCUGGGGUGUUCAAACUUCGUGGGGGACUUGCCGAUUAUCUUUUCAGCGAGACCUACUGCUACCAAUCUGUCAGAACCCACUCGUCCUCUGGGCCACACGCGAACUGCUUCUCAGUAUCGCCGUCGGGCGUCUUUAAGAAAGUGUAUAACGAGCCAGACUUCAAAGAGUGGGCCAGGAAAAACCAUGAAGGUCAUGUCAUUCCAGGACUAUGGGAUGGUCAUGGCCAUCUGCUCCAGUAUGGAGAGUUCUUGAACUCCGUGGACCUUUUUGGAUCAGGAUCGUUUGAGGAUAUCAGUGUACGUAUCGACACGUAUCUCAGCACCAAUACGGAUGCCGGUAGUAGAGAAGAAUGGGUUCGUGGCGUCGGCUGGGACCAAAUGGCUUUGGGUCGGAUGCCGACUGCUAGCGAUCUUGAAUCCAAUGAACGGUUCAAGGGAAUGUACAUUAUGCUUGACAGGGUCGAUGUGCACUGCAUCUGGGUCUCGCAAGCUGUACUUGACCUGUUGCCGGAAGAUCUUCCCGACGUGCCAGGCGGCGAGAUUGUCCGUGACCCCGGCAUGGGUGUUUUCUGCGACAAUGCCAUGGAGACGGUCAUGUCCAUCUGGCCGAAGCCGAACGACAAAAAGAAGCAGAGAUUCCUCCAAAGCGCAAUGUCUAAGUUGAACGAGGUCGGACUUGUCGGCAUGGCCGAUGCCGGAGUCUCGCCUGGAAACGCUGCACUAUUCAAGGAGCUCGCUGGCACCGAAGACUGGACACUCCGAGUAUAUGGAAUGCUUGAGUGCGACGAGCGAAAUACUUUCUGCCCCGAACAUGCCCAAAAGCACGUAAGAGAGGAUGGAUUCCUGAGCCUACAGAGUGUAAAGCUGUUUGCUGAUGGCGCACUCGGUAGUUGGGGAAGCGCCCUGAUAGACCCAUACUCCGACCGGCCUGAUACGUCUGGGUCGCUGCUGGUCAAUGGCACCGAAUUGACAAGAGUGGCGAAAAUAUGGGCAGAAGCAGGCUUUCAAGUCAAUAUCCACGCUAUUGGUGAUCUGGCCAACAGAUAUGCGGUAGAUGCCAUGUCUGCCGCGUUAGAAUCAGUCUGUCCAGGUGAGAGCCUAGCUGCAUGCCAAUCGCGCAGGCGAUUCCGCAUCGAGCACUCUCAGAUCAUCCACCCGGACGACCAAGCUCGAAUACAUGCCAUCGGUAUCAUUCCCUCGAUUCAACCUACACAUGCGACGUCAGACAUGGCGUACGCAGAGAGGCGUCUUGGAAAGGAGCGAACGAGCAAAGAAGCAUACCGAAUGCGAUCUUUCCUUGACAUCCCUCCUAUCCUCGGUAGUGAUUUCCCCGUCGAACCUCCGGACCCCUUUCAGGGUAUCUACGCCGCUGUCACCAGAAGAAGCCCGCACACCGGCCGCGGUACUGACGACCAGCCGGAUGGAUGGCAUGCGGAGGAAGCCUUGAGCCUUGAUCAGGCCCUGCGCGGGUUCAGCGUGGCGCCUGCGUACGGUGCCUUCCUGAAGGGAAAGGCAGGCGUUAUCCAGGAGGGAGCCUUCGCCGACUGGGUCGUCAUCGACCAGCCGCUUGAAGAGACAAAUAUCGAACAUCUGAGGACUUUCCGUGUGCGCGAGACGUGGAUUGCCGGAAAGAGAGUUUAUAAACGAGACGACAACCAUGCUCAAAGGAACGAGGACUCCGAGCUUUAA